UCUCUCUCUCUCUCUCUCUCUCUCUCUCUCUCUCAGAACUGCUCUGAGAGUCCAUGGGAGGCAACCAGUCGCAUCUCCACACGAACAUUCCUCGCCGACUCUAGAACCCUCUAGAAGACCCCUUUCUCUGUUGACUUUCUGCUUCCCAGAACAGAUGGCUCUGCUUCGUUGCAUUCUCUUCCUCGCUGCACUCUGCUCUCUGAUUCCUGCUCUUCACGCCAGCGCUGGCGAUGCUGAUCCGAUUUACAAGUCUUGUGUGGUGCAGUGUGAAAAAUCUGGAUGUGUAGGAGAGAAAUGCUUUCAACACUGUAAAUUUUCAUCUGAUGGGAAACCUAUUGAUGGUCCAUGGUACAUGCAAGAACCGCUUUAUUUGCGCUGGAAACAAUGGGACUGCCGCAGUGACUGCAGGUACCACUGCAUGCUUGCUAGGGAGGAGGAGAGAGAGAAACUUGGUGAUAAGCCUGUCAAGUAUCAUGGAAAAUGGCCAUUUCAGCGUGUUUAUGGCAUCCAGGAACCUGUUGCUGUUGCUCUUUCUGCUCUCAAUCUUGCCAUGCAAUUUCAUGGUUGGAUAUCUUUUUUCAUCCUUGUAUACUACAAAUUGCCUUUGAAUCCAAAUAAGAGGACUUACUACGAAUAUACGGCCGUGUGGCACAUCUAUGGGAUCUUAUCAAUGAACUCUAGGUUUUGGAGUGGUGUAUUUCACAGCCGAGAUGUGGAGUUAACAGAGAAGCUAGAUAUUUCUUCUGCUGUAGCACUACUUGGAUUCUCACUCAUUCUAGCAUUACUUCGAGCUUUUAAUGUGAGAGAUGAGGCUGCCAGGGUCAUGGUUUCUGCUCCGCUGAUUGCAUUCGUGACCACACACAUACUGUACCUGAACUUCUAUAAACUUGAUUAUGGUUUGAACAUGAAAGUGUGCAUGGCCAUGGGCAUUGCUCAGCUUCUUACAUGGGCAGUUUGGGCUGGUGUUACUCGACAUCCAUCACGCUGGAAGUUGUGGGUGGUGGUGGCAGGAGGAGGCCUUGCCAUGGUCUUUGAGAUAUAUGACUUCCCACCUUACCAGGGUUAUAUAGAUGCGCUUGCUCUCUGGAAUGCAAUCAACAUACCUCUUACAUACCUUUGGUGGAGUUUUGUCAGGGAUGAUGCUGAGUUUAUGACAUCGGCCCUCCUGAAGAAAGCAAAGUAGCAGUUCUGGACCUAAAGCAUGAAUGAUCGAAUGGUGCAAUAUAUCAAAGUACAUGACAUGCGCACCCCUGUUAAUUUAUGAAGGUUCUCUUUUUUCUCAUGUGUAAUGCGUUUCUUCUUCGAAAUGCUUACCAUGAUGUGGUUCCCUUCGUUUUUUGCAUUUCAUUGGUAAUCCAAUUGUUUCCACUGUAUAUGUGGGAUGGGAUCCAGAUUUCCAGGUCUUUGUGUUGGUGCUUUUUUUUUUUCCCUGGAAAAUCUCAGUUCGCAUAUGUAAGAAUCAAAUAACCAAGUUACUGUAUUUUGCUGUAUAUCCUUUGUGGAAUACCAUUUAGCAUGC